GCGAUGUUAAAUUGGCAGCAUUUUACAGACUAGCAGAUCUCUUUGGGUGGUCUCAGCUUAUCUACAAUCAUAUCACAUCCAGAGUGAGCUCCGAGCUGGAACACUUCCUCAUUGUACCUUUUGGGCUGCUUUACAGUGAAGUGACUGCAUCCAGUUUGGUUAAAAUUAAUCUACAAGGAGAUAUAGUAGAUCGUGGAAGCACUAAUCUCGGAGUAAAUCAAGCUGGCUUCACAUUACAUUCUGCAAUUUAUGCUGCACGACCAGAUGUGAAGUGUAUUGUGCACAUUCACACACCAGCAGGGGCUGCGGUCUCUGCGAUGAAAUGUGGCCUCUUGCCAAUCUCCCCAGAGGCUCUUUCCCUUGGAGAAGUGGCUUAUCAUGACUAUCAUGGCAUUCUGGUUGAUGAAGAGGAAAAAGUUUUAAUUCAGAAAAAUUUGGGGCCUAAAAGCAAGGUUCUUAUUCUCCGGAAUCAUGGGCUUGUAUCAGUGGGAGAGAGCGUUGAGGAGGCCUUCUACUACAUCCAUAACCUUGUGGUUGCAUGCGAGAUCCAGGUUCGAACUCUGGCCAGUGCUGGAGGACCUGACAACUUAGUCCUGCUGGAUCCUGGGAAGUACAAAGCCAAAUCCCGUUCCCCUGGGUCUCCUGAAGGGGAAGGCACUGGAUCGCCUCCCAAGUGGCAGAUUGGUGAGCAGGAAUUUGAAGCCCUCAUGCGGAUGCUUGAUAAUCUGGGCUACAGAACUGGCUACCCUUAUCGAUACCCUGCUCUGAGAGAGAAAUCUAAAAAAUACAGCGAUGUGGAGGUUCCUGCUAGUGUCACAGGUUACUCCUUUGCUAGUGACGGUGAUUCGGGCACUUGCUCCCCUCUCAGACACAGUUUUCAGAAGCAGCAGCGAGAGAAGACAAGAUGGCUGAACUCUGGCCGGGGCGAUGAAGCUUCUGAGGAAGGGCAGGAUGGAAGCAGUCCCAAGUCGAAGACUAAGUGGACUAAAGAGGAUGGACAUAGAACUUCCACCUCUACUGUCCCUAACCUGUUUGUUCCAUUGAACACUAACCCAAAAGAGGUCCAGGAGAUGAGGAACAAGAUCCGAGAGCAGAACUUACAGGACAUUAAGACGGCUGGCCCUCAGUCCCAGGUUCUGUGUGGUGUAGUGAUGGACAGGAGCCUCGUCCAGGACGCACCCCUCUCUGACUGUACGGAAACUAUCGAAGGGCUCGAGCUUACAGAGCAGACCUUUAGUCCCGCUAGAUCUCUCUCUUUUAGAAAGGGGGAGUUGGUGACAGCCUCCAAGGCCAUCAUUGAGAAGGAGUACCAGCCCCACGCCAUUGUGAGCACCACAGGCCCCAACCCCUUCAACACGCUCACAGACCGUGAGCUGGAGGAGUACCGCAGGGAGGUGGAGCGGAAGCAGAAGGGCUCCGAAGAGAACGUGGACGAGACUAGAGAAGAGAAAGAGAAGAGUCCUCCAGACCAGCCUGCCGCCCCCAACACCCCUCCCAGCACUCCCAUCAAGCUUGAAGAAGACCCUCCACAGGAGCCGACUUCUGGAGACGACAGUGAUGCUGCCACCUUCAAGCCGACUCUCCCUGACCUGUCCCCUGAUGAGCCUUCAGAAGUGCUUGGCUUCCCGACAUUAGAGGAGGAGGAGGAGGAGGAAGCCUGUGGACUCCCAAGUCCCACCAAGCCCCCCACUGUGGCCUCCCCAGCCCCAGCGGCUGAAGAGGCUGCCUCCCCAGCUGCAGAGGAGGGGGCUGCCGUAGACCCUGGCAGUGAUGGGUCUCCAGGCAAGUCCCCAUCCAAAAAGAAGAAGAAGUUCCGCACCCCUUCCUUUCUGAAGAAGAGCAAGAAGAAGAGUGACUCCUGAAGGCCUGCCCUGCACUAACACUGUCGUGUCUGAAGUGACCCUGGCUCCGCCAGAGUCCCUGAUUGCGUCUCGUGCUCUGUCCUCUUGUGUAAUGGAAUGCAAAAAGCCAAGCCCUCUGCCUAGCUAGAGCUCCCCUCUCACGUAUGACAGUCCCGUACAGACCGGUGCUAGCCGACUGUGUGCUCAGCAGCCCCCGGCCCACCCGUGGGCCUCGGCCUCAGGUUCUGGGGGAGGCUUGGCCUCUGCCUGCUUCUCUGAGACGUGCUCUCCCUGUGGACGGGGGCACUAAAUCGUGUCCUGGCCGGAAGGCAGUGGAGACUUCUGCCAGCUCUAGUUGUGGGCUUCACCCUCCUGAUCCUUGACCUUCUCCUCCCCUUUUGCCAUGAAACGGCACAUUCUGUCUCUGCUCAGCUUCCUGUCCACCCCGCAGUGUCUCAGGUGACUGAAUCAGACUCAUGACUUCCUGCUGGCAUCAUCUGCUCAGUGGUCUCACCUUAAUCUUAUACACAAAGCCUUGGUCCCGUGAAAACACUCGUGUGCCUGCCAUUGGCCCAGGGUACCAUGGCUGCCUUGAAGAGGUGGGUUUGGGCUGAUGCUGGGCAGAAGCCCCAGUGGCACUCGGGCCUGUGUAUACUUAACGCAACGCUAUGCAUGGUCUGAUUACCCCUUGACCAAAAACAGAUUCAGGAGCUCAUGGUUUCCUAUUCACUUGGGUCUCUGGAUUCUUGUCCUAGUGGGAAGGUAUAUCAGGAAGGGGAAGAGUCCUUUCUAGAAUUUUCUUUCAGCAGACUUACAAUUCAGCCUACAUUUUUGACUGUGAACACGAACAGGCCGCUUUUUGUUUUUGUUUUUCCUAGAGCCUGCAACAGAACACUGGUCACAUUUUGGGGGAAGUUUCAGGGGAUCUAUUUUCACCUUAGCCUGAAAGGUACCCUGGUUUUGAUAAAAAGUGACUCAAGGCAGGAGCUUGAUGGUCCUGCGUAGCACUUUGCAUCAGGUAUGGCACCUGUAACUUGCACUCCUUGAUCAAGACCAUUUUGAGUUUUCCCUUAACUCCCUGGAAAAGGGCUUGAAGCUUAGUGAGAACUGACAGGUGGCCAGAUGGAGUCCUCAAGGGUGACCCAUUCUAGGAGCUGCCCGGUGCCAGCCUAGCUGGGUGUGGGCAAGUGUGCUGGGACCCCAGACAGGCCCCUACCAGCGAGGGGUCCCUGGUGGAGCUGGUGCCAGACAUGGGCUUGGGUCUUGGGCAUGGUGGGCUGAGCCACUUUGGGUCCGACUGACUUGGCCCCCAAGCAGGACCUGGGGCUGGCUGUGUGGCACUGACUGUUGCUUUGAGUUUCCUGACUCCGCAGGGCCUGUACUGGCAAGCGAGCUGCUUUCCUCUGUGUGCUGUUCAUUGCCAAGGGGGUAUUAACAUACUUCGCUUAGUCGUGGGCUCUUCCUUCAUCCCCUUUCACCCCUUCCUUCUAUCCCACAUAUGCAAUGACUUUUAAUUUUCACUUUUGUAGUUUAAUUCUUUGUAUUACCACAUGAAAUAUAGUUGCAUAUAUGGACACAGACUUGGGAGGGCAGGUCCUAAAUGUCCUUUCUUCAUUGUAACAUGUUUUACUCACAAAUAAAAUUCUUUAAACAAUUUCCUUGUCUAAA